AUAUUCUCUCACUACAUAUCUUACUUCGAUCAAUUCCCCCUUGCAACAGAGCCACUAAUAAUAAUACUGUAACAAAAGCACAGAGAGCCAAAUAUGGUUCUUUCUUCAACAAGAAAAGAGAAAAAGCCACCAAUCAUGGCACUCACCUUCUUGUUGAUGCUUCUCCAUGGACACUUCACUACUAUGGCCUCUGCUUCUCGCACUCGUUUGGGAGGCUCAGCGUGCCUCAAGGUUUCACCUUCUGAGUUCGUCGGUGCUGUUAGGGAAGUUAUUGGCCUCUUGGGAGAUGUUGCUUCCAUCUUGUCCAGGUUUAGCGGUGGCUUUGGUAAUUUCCGUCUCGCCAACGCCAUUCUUGACUGUCUUGAUUUGUUGGACAUGUCCUCCGACGAGCUUAACUGGUCUGUCUCCGCUACUCAAAACCCCAAAGGAAAAAACAACAGUACAGGAAACUUAGGAUCCGAUUUGAAGACAUGGCUAAGUGCUGCCCUGGCAAAUCCAGAGACAUGCCUCGAUGGAUUCGAAGGCACAAGCAGUAUCGUGAAAGGAUUAGUCUCCAGCGGCCUUGGACAAGUGACAUCGCUGGUGAAGAAUCUCCUUGCAAAGGUUGAUGUCCCCCACCAUGAUGUCUCCCACAGUGCCGGCGUGGACCAGUUUCCUUCGUGGGUGAAGCCGGGGGAGAGGAAGCUUCUGCAGGCAAAUGGAGUGGCUGCCGAUGCUGUGGUGGCUUUAGAUGGAAGUGGAAAGUUCACAAGGGUGAUGGAUGCGAUUAUGGCUGCGCCGGAUUAUAGCAUGAAGAGGUUUGUGAUUUACGUGAAGAGAGGUGUUUACAAUGAGAACGUGGAGAUUAAGAAGAAGAAGUGGAAUAUCAUGAUGAUCGGAGAUGGUAUCGGUGCCACUGUUAUUACCGGCAACCGGAGUGUUGUUGACGGCUGGACAACUUUCCGAUCUGCCACCUUUGCUGUAAGUGGAAGAGGAUUCAUAGCACGAGACAUUACUUUUCAGAACACAGCAGGACCAGAGAAGCACCAAGCAGUGGCACUAAGAUCCGAUUCCGACCUCUCAGUCUUCUUCCGUUGUGGAAUCUUGGGCUACCAAGACAGCCUCUACACUCACACAAUGCGUCAAUUCUUCAGAGAGUGCACAAUCUCCGGCACAGUCGAUUUCAUCUUUGGCGAUGCAACCGCAGUCUUCCAAAAAUGCAAUGUACUUGUCAAGAAAGGGUUACAGAAUCAAAAGAACACAAUCACCGCACAAGGUAGAAAAGAUCCUAAUGAACCAACAGGAUUCUCGUUACAAUUCUGCAACGUAACUGCUGAUUCUGACCUAGUUUCUUUUGUUAACACCACGGAGACUUUCUUGGGGAGGCCGUGGAAAACGUAUUCAAGAACCAUUUUUAUGCAAAAUUAUAUGAGCGAGAUUAUAAGGCCGCAAGGGUGGUUAGAGUGGAACGGUAACUUUGCGUUGGAUACACUAUAUUAUGCUGAGUAUAUGAAUACUGGUGCCGGUGCAGGUUUAGCUAACAGAGUCAAAUGGCCCGGAUACCAUGUUUUGAAUAGCUCCAGUGAAGCUAGCAAUUUUACUGUCGCACAGUUCAUUCAAGGAAAUUUAUGGUUGCCUUCAACUGGUGUAGCAUUCACAGCUGGAUUAACGCUUUAAAUUAAAAAUUUACUUAAUCAAUAUGGCAAAUAAUCUUGCCAAUCUUGUAUACUAUAUACUAUAUAAAGGAAAAAUGUAUUACCUUCAAGAAGAAAAUGCCGAAGAAUUGCAAUGUUUUGAUCUUCACAGCUUCACUCUAAUUCAUUUGUACUUUGUUAUUAAAGGUGUCUCUGUAUUUUCAGUUUCACGGAUGUGUUUUUUCUUUUCUAUAUCAA